AUGGCCACAGAACUGCCAUCCUGCCAAGUGCACACUAAAGCAGUUGGCAGUAUUGCAUCUCGUGUUCGAGGAUUUCACAAUACCAGCUCGCCUUUCCGGAUCUAUCAUGGCUCGACCAACAGCACAAGGAAGUCGCCGCGACGACACGACAACAUUGUGGACAUCAGCCAUUUGAAUCGCGUGCUUGCUAUCGAUGUCUCGAAGAAAAUUGCGUUCGUGGAGCCAAACGUGCCCAUGGACCAGCUCGCCGCUGCGACUCUGAAGAUGGGACUCGUGCCACCUGUGGUAAUGGAGUUUCCCGGGAUCACUGCCGGCGGAGGGUUUGCAGGUACUAGCGGCGAGAGCAGCUCUUUCAAACAUGGCCUGUUCGACAGGACUGUGCAGGCGGUGGAGAUUGUGUUAGGCAACGGAGAAGUGACAAUGGCUUCACCUGACGAUCCAGAGACUGCUGAACUAUUUCAUGCAGCAGCAGCUUCUUUCGGUACACUGGGUGUAGUCACAUUGCUGGCGCUAGAACUUAUCGAUGCGCAGCCUUUCGUGGAAUUGACCUACGUGAGAGUGGCGAGCGUGGACGAUGCCAUAGGGUGCUUCAAGGCCCACACUGGAAUUGGAACCCUGGACUACAUGGAUGGCAUUCUGUUCGCUAAAGAUCGCGGAGUCGUCUGUUUGGGUAGAAUGGCAGAAGACAAUGGCCAAUAUAACGGAAAGUAUCGCACGUUCUCUCAACCACGGGAUGACUGGUUCUACAUUAACGCCCAGAAUCUGCUCCUGGACAAAACUCAGAACAGCUGGACAGAGCUUGUCCCCUUACAAGAAUAUCUCUUUCGCUACGAGAGGGGCGCUUUCUGGAUCAGCAAGUAUACUUUCAAGUACUUCGCAGUCCCUCUGAACCGGCUCACCAGAUGGCUCUUGGAUACAUACACGCACACCCGAAUCAUGUACAGCGCUCUCCAUCAUUCCGGCCUCUCCUCCCAGUACAUCAUACAGGAUGUGGCCAUACCAUAUGACAACGCAGCAGCCUUUGUAUCACAUCUCGAUACCACCUUCAAAAACUACCCGCUCUGGCUAUGCCCGCUUCGGAUGCGUGGCAAAUCGCCAACCUCGGCGUAUGGACUUCUAGCUGAAGCUCCCACAGAGGAAGCAGACGAUCAUAAUGUGGCCUCAGCACCGCGACCUGAGAUGAUGCUGAACUUCGGCGUCUGGGGGCCAUUGGGGAGCAACAACGACUUCACCACUUGGAACAGAGGGUUUGAGGGGAAGAUCAACGCUCUAGGGGGCCAAAAGUGGCUGUACUCACACACUUUCUACACUGAAGAAGAGUUCUGGAGCAUACAUGGCGAUCGGAAGCAAUAUGAGAAGACGAGAGCCAAGUACCAUGCAUCGUCAUUGCCUAGCAUAUACGAGAAAGUCCGGGCCACCGAGGCUGUCCACAAGCAUGAUGCAGAGCAAAGCUGGAGGCAAUGGCUUUUUCUGAUAUUUUGGAGUAUCUGGCCGUUCAAGGGGCUGUACGGGUGGUUGCUUUGCAUCCUGAGCGAAGACUACUUGCUGCCUCGGAAAGCGUCGUUCUGGAAUCCGCAUCAACAGGCAGAACAGGGAGAAAAGGAGCAUUUGCUGCCCGCAGAAGAUAAGUAG